AUGCCAGAAUUUCACACGGAAGCGGCUCCGGCGCCGUCCAGUGGUACGGACGACGAGGGAUCACUCUUCCCACCCGUUAGCCGGGAUCACAUCCUCUACUGCUCCUACGACUACUGGUUUCCAAAAUACCGCAAAGUAUGCAUCAAGUCGCGCCUGAUCGAACUGCCGGCGGCGGCUAUCGAGUACCUCCGCGAAGACGGCAUUGUGCUGAGCGACGAGAGCAACGGCAGUGGUGAAGACGACGAUGAUGACUGGGAGCCGUCUAACCCGACCAUGAAGCACUACCCGUCGGCGGACGAGACCAAGUACCAGGGCCUACAAGACGACGACAGCUCCGACGAGGAUGAGAAUGCGCCGGCGACGAUCCGACUGCCACCGAACAAGCGCUUCCCCGAAGUGCACCAGAGGAUCAAGGACGAGAUAGCAGCACUCGGCGGCUCGGUGGCACCCAAGCUGAACUGGUCGUCGCCCAAGGAUGCCACUUGGCUGAUGGCUGAGAAGAACACGAUGCAGUGCCGGACGCCCGACGACGUGUAUUUGCUGCUGAAGAGCUCCAACUUUAUCACGCACGAUCUCGAGCACGCCUUUGACGGCUGCAUCCCGGCGAGUGCACCGAUGGCCCCAUCUUCUACCUCUGCUCCGGCGACCGACAGCAGCCUAGGCUUCCAGCCGGUGCUGGUGCUGCGAUCCUCCUUUAACAUGCACACAGCCCUCGAGUUCCGCUGUUUUGUCAAGCACCGCAAUCUCGUGGCCAUCACGCCACGCGACCUCAAAUACUAUCCCUACCUGAAGGGCUUGCGCAACAGCAUCAUCGAGCGGGCCAAGACGCUCUUCCACAGCAAGCUGCAGUUCACCUUCCCCUCCGGCAGCUUCUCGUUUGACAUUUACAUGCCGGAGCGCGACGGCUUCGACGUGGGCGACAACGAGGCCCGCGGCGGAGACGCCGGCGGACGUCUCUCGUGGGCGCGUCUGAUCGAUAUCAACCCAUGGGCGCCCCGGACGGACACGCUGCUCUUCUCGUGGCGCGAACUUCUCGACCUCAAGAUCCCCAAGCCCUUUCUCGGGAUCGUAGGCGAAAGCGGGGUGCCGGACGAGGCGGAAACGGCGAGCCAAGGCGAUGAGACCGACGAAGACGAAGAAGAGGAGAGCGGGAAUGACACCGAAGACUACGAGCCGGAGCUCCGUCUGGUCGAGAAGGAUGACCCGGCCGCCAUGAACUUUAGUUCAGCGCCCUACUCGGCGCACAAGCUGCCCAAGGAGGUAGUCGAUGCCAGCAUGGCGGGCGAAGGAGGCCUGCGGAAGUUUGCCCAAGAAUGGCAGGAGAUUGUAGAGCGCCGAGAAGGACGGUGA